AUGAACCCGAGACACCGCUCCUCGUCCUCGUCCGCCGGUCCCAGAUCGCAGGACCGUCCCUCGAAUCCCCCUAUACCGUCCAAUCUCCAGGCACGACGGGCGUCGAGCUACUCCCUUCCCACCCACGAACAUGCCCAGACGGCUGGCGGAGCUGCUACCUCCACGGGCGUAGACGUCAGGCAGACAGAAAUAACGGAGGAAAUCAGCGAGAUAAAACGAUAUGAGGACUUCACUACAAUUGACUGGGUCCAGGAUGCUGUCCAGGAGCAGGCUCGUCGACGCAUAUGGAGGACCGAGGGGGCUCGGUUCUGGGACCAGGAGGGCGCCUAUGGCUGGAGACGGAAGCUCGACGAAGCUUACGAUGCAGGCCAGGCAUGGCUAGUGAUGACGAUCGUGGGUGUAGCCAUCGGCCUCAAUGCCGGGUUUCUGAAUAUUGUCACCGAAUGGCUGGCAGACGUAAAGCUUGGAUACUGUACUACUGGAUUCUACCUAAACGAAGCCUUUUGCUGUUGGGGUGCAGAUGACGGUAGGCAUCCCCUUUUGAUAUAUGUGAUACUUAUUCUUUUUGCUUUCUGCUCGGCCAAACUCGUGAAUGCAUUUGCUCCGUAUGCUGCGGGUUCCGGUAUAUCUGAAAUCAAAGUCAUCAUUGCCGGCUUCAUCAUGAAAGGAUUCCUUGGUGCCAGAACUCUCGUGAUAAAGUCACUUGCUCUACCUUUGUCUAUUGGCUCUGGCCUUGCAAUUGGUAAAGAAGGCCCCAGUGUCCACUUUGCAGUCUGCACAGGCAAUGUCAUAUCUCGUUGGUUUGGCAAAUAUAAACGGAAUGCUGCUAAAACCAGAGAGAUAUUGACUGUAACCUCUGCUGCGGGCGUUGCAGUUGCUUUCGGAAGUCCCAUCGGCGGAGUGCUGUUCUCUCUUGAGGAAAUGGCAUCAUACUUCCCGUUGAAGACCCUUUGGAGAAGUUACUUCUGUGCUUUGGUAGCAACCGGCGUCCUUGCUAUAAUAAAUCCAUUCAGAACGGGGCAGCUCGUCAUGUUCCAGGUUCAAUAUGAUAGAUCAUGGCACUCAUUCGAGAUUAUAUUCUUUAUUAUUCUAGGGGUUUUUGGUGGUUUGUAUGGCGCGUUUGUCAUGAAGUGGAAUCUGCGAGCACAGGCAUUCAGGAAGAAAUAUCUCUCAAAGCAUCCAAUUAUCGAGGCUACAGCCCUAGCAGGCCUUACAGCUCUGGUUUGCUAUCCAAAUAUGUUCUUGAGGAUCAACAUGACCGAGAUGAUGGAAAUACUCUUCAGGGAGGCCAAGAACCGCUGGUCAAUGGUCCUUUCUCUCCUAGGAGCCACUGUUCUGCGCAUAUUCUUUGUUAUCAUAUCCUACGGGUGCAAGGUUCCUGCCGGUAUCUUCGUGCCUUCUAUGGCUAUUGGUGCCUCGUUCGGAAGAAUGGUUGGGAUCCUUGUUCAAGCCCUCCACCAACGAUUUCCAGACUCCCAGUUUUUCGCAUCUUGUGAACCCGAUGUUCCGUGUAUUACCCCAGGGACUUAUGCGCUUCUCGGUGCCGGCGCUGCCCUAAGUGGGAUAAUGCAUUUAACCAUAUCAGUGACGGUUAUCAUGUAUGAGCUAACAGGUGCAUUGACUUAUAUUCUCCCUACAAUGAUUGUUGUUGGAGUCACAAAAGCUGUUAGCGACCACUGUGGCAAAGGAGGUAUUGCUGAUCGCAUGAUUUGGUUCAAUGGGUUCCCAUUCCUUGAUAGCAAGGAAGAGCAUAUUUUCAACGUCCCAGUUUCACAUGCCAUGACAAGCAACCCUGUUGUGUUCACCGAGGCAGGCCUGUCGAUAAACAAGGCCGAACAGAUGCUUCAAAAGCACAAAUUUCAGGGCUUUCCUAUUGUCCAAGAUCUUGACUCGAUGACCUUAGUCGGUUACAUUGGCCGCACGGAACUUCAAUUUGCAAUCAGGCGUGCAAAACGGGAGGGGCUGUUGGCGCCCAAUGCCAGAUGCCAGUUUGUCCGCCAGCAAAGUUCAACCAGCGGUGGCCCUGCAUCAAGCUCCCCGACCAACGACCUAUUCGGGCCCUCUACAGCCUCGUCUUCCUCUCAUCUGGAAAAUGAGUGGCGCACAGGGGCAGCACCCGUUACAUUCGAUGAUAUAGCAUCAUCUUCAGGUAUUAAAGUGAUCGAUUUGAGCCCGUACGUUGAUAUGGCUCCGAUUACCGUUCAUCCUCGUCUCGCCCUCGAGACAGUGAUGGAAAUAUUCAAAAAGAUGGGCCCGAGAGUUAUACUGGUUGAGCACCGUGGUCACUUAUCGGGCCUUGUUACCGUGAAGGAUUGCUUAAAGUAUCAAUUUAAGGUGGAACACCAAGAGCAUGCAGAUGCCAACGCUGCCACGUCCGGUGAUGCUAAUGCUGGUAUCCAUGCUGGUCCUGAGGAAGGUAUAGUAGAAAAAAAGGCAUGGCAGCUUAUCUUGUGGGCUUCCGGGCUCGCGAAGAAGAUUUUUAUAGGAAAAGGAACUACUUCCGGGACAGGAGGCUAUACCCAGGUUUCCCAGGAGGAACAGCGAAGACAUGAAUCCGUGGAGAUAAUUGACGGCACAGAGGAUGUGGAUACCCAUUUUGAAUUGGAGGAACGGGAUCAUUAG